UCCCCAUUAUAGUCUGGGGAAGAUGAUACUAUUUUACAAAUUUCCCUAUUAUAUUCCCAUGCAUAUUGAUAAAUAGUCAACUGAUAGCCUCCAUCUCUUUCCCCUGCUGAUUCCCAUUCCUCUUAAGGUCUUACUCUCUUGAAUUACUCAUUCAUAAGGCAAUUCUCGGCCUCUCUGUUUUUAAUGAUUUGCAAUUGAGUAACAGAAUCCUCUCUGAUUUUAAUUUCAGAAAUUGGGUAUGGGAAGAGCAAUUGCAACAGUAGCAUCUGAUCAUAAAAAACAUGCGACAGUUGCGAAAAUGGAGAAACUCAUAGGUCCGAGCAAACCCAUUUUCAUAGGCGUAGCAGGGGUGGCUCUGUUAGUGCUGCUUUUGAGUUUCUCACCUUCCACUAGUUUUCCCAACAUGUUUGACGUAUCUAAGAUGACGGUAUCGCCAGGAAAAGACGGUGGAGCUACGAAAGACUGCGCCACCGUGAGUGAUCAAGGCCUUAACCUGGGCCACGACCCAGCCGACAAAACGUUCUACGAUGACCCGGCCCUGAGUUAUACGAUAGGGAAUCCAGUCACGAACUGGGACGAGAAGAGAAGAGAGUGGCUGAAGCAUCAUCCGUCAUUCGCCAUCGGAGCAGAGGACCGGGUUUUUGUGGUGACUGGAUCGCAGCCGUCACCGUGUAAGGAUCCGAUUGGAGAUCAUUUGAACUUGAGGUUUUUCAAGAACAAGGUGGAUUACUGUCGGAUCCAUGGCUACGAUAUCUUCUACAGCAACGCAUUUUUGCACCCGAAAAUGGGCAGCUGGUGGGUAAAAAUGCCCGUGCUUCGGGCAACUAUGUUGGCGCACCCGGAGGCUGAGUGGAUCUUUUGGGUUGAUUCGGAUGCAGUAUUUACAAAUAUGGAUUUUAAGCUGCCGUUAGAGAAGUAUAAGGACCAUAACCUCGUGGUUCCCGGGUAUUACGAUAAGGUCUAUGAGAAGAAGAGCUGGGGCGGGGUUAAUGCCGGUGUGUUUUUCAUCCGAAACUGUCAAUGGUCAAUGGAGUUUUUGGAAGUGUGGGCAGGGAUGGGCCCACAAACUCCAAACUACGAAAAGUGGGGUCAGACCCUAACAUCGACGAUGAGUGAUAAGACAGAUCCGGAAUCUGACGAUCAAUCGGCUCUGGUUUAUUUGCUAUUGAAAGAGAAGGAGACAUUUGGGAAUAAGAUUUACAUAGAGAAUCAAUACGACUUAAGUGGGUAUUGGGUUGACAUCGUCAACUCAUUUGAUACAAUUAGCGACGACUAUGCGAGGAUAGAGAAAGGUGUGACGGAGUUGCGGAGACGACAUGCGGAGAAGGUGAGUGAACACUAUGCGGCAGUGAUGAGGGAGGCAUUUGUCAACAAAAGUGGCUAUGCCGGUGGAGGACAACGGGAGUUUAUCACGCAUUUUACGGCAUGUAGGCCGUGUAGUGGGCAGUGGGGCUACUCAGAGGAGCAAUGCUUGAACGGGAUGGAAAAGGCUUUGAAUUUUGCCGAUAAUCAGGUGCUUCGCAACUACGGUUUCGUACGUCCAGACCUCCUGAAUGCCUCUUCCAUUUACCCUCUGCCCUUUGGUGUUUCUUCUUACAAUAAGGAGAAAUAGAAAGUGCCUCCCACGUAUCAUGUUUUGCUCAUCCAUGUUAACCAUGAUUAGAAAAUACGCCUUAAUUUGAUUGUUUUAUUUUGAAUUUUAUCUCUUUGGUUCUCGAAUUUUCAGAACCCCAUGAUUCAUCUAAAUUAAAACAUUAUUCCAUUUUUACAUGCUUUACUUCCUUUGGCUUUGACCAUAUGUUGGAUUCGAAUAAUAUUUUUCUUUACUAGCAAAGGAAAAA